AUGGAGUGGGCAGCCGAGCAGCAGGAUCUCGGGGACCUCGGGCUCGCCGGCAUCUGCUGCGAGACCUGCCGUGUGAUCCACCGCUCCAUCCUCCCCUACGGGCCGGCCGUCCUGGAAGCCGUGCUGCUCUCUGCGCUUUUGCUCGAGCACGUCGCCGCCUUCCGCGGCCUCAGCUCCCUCCUCGAGGCCGACGACGGUUCCGACCUCAUCCGUUUCAUCGCCGUGCGGGGCGCCUUCUUACUCUUCGAGGGCCUCUCCAUGAUCCUCGUCACUGUACCCAGGGCGACCUCCCCGCUUCCUGGAGCCUCCAGCGGCACCUCCCCCGUUUCCCCCUCACUCGCACUCGCACUCGCCUUCGUCAUAUUCUUCGUCUUCCUCGCCGCCUUGCUCCUGCUCCACUACGAGGCCGGCCUACCGCUGCAGCUGCUGGGCGUGGCCGCCUGCCUCGCCGGGGCGGCCUACGUCGCCCCAGUUUUCCACUUUGCCUGCGUCGCGUCGGUGCUCGAGGACGCCGUCGAAUUUGCCGCUCUGCGCAAGAGCCGUGCGCUACUCGCCGGCAAGUUCUGGCCCGCGGCGGCCGUCUUGCUCACGCUCGACGGCUGCUUCGUCGCCCUGCAGCUGGCCUUCGCGCGGCUGGUGCUAGACGACGCGCUGGGCCUCGGCCUCGGGUUCCAGCUGGCCACGAGAGUGGCGACGUUCGUGGCUCUGUGGGCGGUGGUGCUGCUGACGCUGGCGGCGCAGCCGGUGAUCUACAUGGUGUUUAAGAACCACCACCACGAGGUGGUCGACAAGGUCCACCUCGACUACAUCGGAGAGUAUGAGCGGCUCACCGUCGACGGCGACAACAGCGUGGAGCUGCAGCCGGUGGCGACGGAGCAGAUCCCUGAAACUACUGCCUAGCUAGCCGCGUCCUGCAUGUGGACGACUCCACCGGAGGAAGCUCCUCUGACGUACGGCGCCUGCCGUUAGGCCACUGACAGGUGGAUCAAGUUUCAGUCGGGCCCAUGAGUCAGCGACGGAACGGCACCCUGCCGCACGGCAGGGGAUCCUCGUCCGACUCCACCACGGUAGUACUACGAACUAAGCUUUCUCUCUACUAGUACUGUAGUACCUAGCUAGCUCCAAGAUGAUUUGAGACGAUUCAUAAGAUGUUGUCUGAUGAUCCGCUUGUCAGUGCACGAAAGACAUGCAUGCCUGGCAGUUGGGAUUAUAUAAGAGGUAAAUAUACCCGAAGUCAUAGAA